AUGAAGAAUCACAUCAAGAAGGUGUCAAAAAACAACAAUGCAAAACAAAGCAAAUCGGAAACUGUUAUUAUCAAACUAACAAAACGAUCCACAAGUGAAGAACCACAGAGUGAUACUCAUGACAACAUUCGUUCUAUGGCCAAGAUGCUCAAGGAACGCUUAUCAAAGGCAAGUAAACGCCUUGUUGAUACACCAAAAGAAGAACAAAAGACGCUGUCCAGUUCUGAUUGGCCAGCAAAGAAACCAAGCUCAUUGCGCAACCUUCAACUGCUCAAGCAAUACCUGACUUUUGUCUCUGGAGAGACAUCUGAUAUUAGCCUUCAAGAUCAGUCUAUUCAGCUUACACUCUCUAGUCAAACAAAGCCAAUUGAACCAACAGAGAAUGAACAGUCAGCUCGUUUAGGUGCAACAUUGAUUGAAUCUCUUGUUCAUGAUCCCGCUGCUUUCGAACUUCAUCCUGGCAGGCAACAAGAUGAGAGUCGUCAUACUAGUCGUCUUGACCGUCGUCGUCCUGGUAGACCACCCAAAACAAGACUACUGUUGCUAGAUGACGACAGAGCUGAACAUCAACGUAUGCGUGUCAAGCGCAAGUCUAUUCUCCAACAUCGCCCUCAAUUAAAAAAGAAGAAGGAGUUCAUUCGAUGCAUCUGUGACACGCCUUCUGAAGAAUUCGGUCCAAUGGUACAAUGUGAUGAUUGUUCUCGUUGGUUACACUUGGAGUGCCUCGAACUCAACGACGAUGCCCUUGAUGAAACCUUCCGUUGCCCCUCAUGCUUUUUGUCACUUGGUUCUUCAUCCAAUGAAAAGAAUGCUAAGUUGCUCAGUUCUAUCACUUGGCGUUAUGCUGCUCAAUGGAAGAGUCAACGCUUGGCUGCUGCUCAGAAUGAUAAUGCUACUGACGAUGAAGAGGAAGACGAACCCAUGGAGAAAUUAUCGCCUACAACUCCUCCUCCUCUUCAUAUUGAAGAUGAUGAUGGCUAUUCUACUGACUUACCUGGACCAGAGACACCCAUCGAUUGGCCUGAUGUUGCCUCUGAAUCAAGAUUUAGUACUAGUCAAGAUAGUGAAGUCACUACACCUAGUGAACAAUUGGAACCUUUCUUUAAGGAAGAUGAUGCUGAGAUGGAGUUGGAUCCUGGUAGCUUAGAAAUUUUGUCUCGUUUGGCUUAUCUUCAAUCCCUUGAUUCUGUUAAAAAAGAAUUGUUUGCACCUAAUGCUGCUGAUGUCUUUCUUUGUGAAAACUUUGCUAACAGCGCUGAUGAAUAUAUGCACCUUUUGACGCAUCAAGUUCCUCGUUUUGCACCUAAUACACCACCAUCUUCUAUUUGCUCUCAAGACCUUUCAGAAUUCUCUUUUGAUUCUGGUCCCUUUUGGGAAUCCCUUCUAUAA